UGCCCUGCCUGCCCUCCCUCCGGCAGCAGGAUGUGGUUCUUCUCCCGGGACCCGAUCCGCGACUUCCCCUUCGAGGCGGUCUCCCCGCCGGAGCCGCCGCUGCCCCUGCCGGGGGGCGUCUGGCAGCUGCACCGCGGCAGGAGGAAGGCCACGGGGGACCAAGUGUCCCUCUUUGUGCAUGACGUGAAGCCCAAUUCCGAGGACCAGACCCAGCUUGCAAAGGCGGCCUUCAAGCACCUCAGAACGCUGCGGCACCCCAAUAUUUUGUCCUACAUUGACGGACUGGAGACAGAAAAAUGUUUGUAUGUGGUGACGGAGCCCGUGAUGCCGCUUUCGGCUUACCUGGAAUCGCGGGCCGCUGGGAGAGGCUUGAAUGAACUGGAGAUUUCGUGGGGUCUACAUCAGAUUGUGAAAGCUCUCAGCUUCCUGGUGAACGACUGUCACCUCAUCCACAACAACAUGUGCGCAUCUGCCGUCUUUGUGGAUCGGGCCGGGGAGUGGAAGCUGGGUGGCUUGGAAUACAUGCAUUCGGCUCAGGGAGACAUCGCCGUGCCCCGGAAGGGCGUCCCGGAACUGGAGAAAUACGACGCCCCGGAAAUUACAGACAGCAGCAAAAGCACUGGAGAGAAAUGGUCAGCAGACAUGUGGCGUCUCGGCUGCCUCAUUUGGGAGGUCUUCAACGGCCCCCUACCCCGUUCGUCCUCCCUGCGGUCGCUUGGCAAGAUCCCCAAGGCCUUGGUGCCCCAUUACUGUGAGUUGGUUGGAGCCAACCCCAAGCUGCGCCCCAGCCCCGCCAAAUUCCUGCAAAACUGCCGUGGGCCGGGAAGCUUCAUGGACAACAGCUUCGUGGAGACCAACCUCUUCUUAGAGGAAAUCCAGAUUAAGGAGCCAGCCGAACGGCAGAAGUUCUUCCAGGAACUGAGCACCAACCUGGACGCCUUCCCGGAGGACUUCUGUCGUCACAAAGUCCUCCCACAGUUGCUGACCGCGUUUGAGUUUGGAAGCGCCGGCGCCGUCAUCCUUAUCCCGCUCUUCAAGGUGGGGAAAUUCUUGAAUACCCAAGAAUACCAGCAGAAGAUAAUUCCUGUGAUUGUGAAAAUGUUUUCCUCCCCCGACCGGGCCAUGAGAAUUCGGUUGCUGCAGCAGAUGGAGCACUUCAUCCAGUACCUGAAUGAGCCCACCGUCAACAGCCAGAUCUUUCCCCACGUGGUGCACGGCUUCCUGGACACCAACCCGGCCAUCCGCGAGCAGACGGUGAAGUCCAUGCUGCUCCUGGCCCCCAAGCUGAACGAGAGCAACCUCAACGUGGAGCUGAUGAAGCACUUCGCCCGCCUGCAGGCCCGGGACGACCAGGGGCCCAUCCGCUGCAACACCACUGUGUGCCUGGGCAAGAUCGGGCCCUACCUCAGCGCCAGCACAAGGCAAAGCGUCCUUAUAUCAGCCUUCAGCCGUGCCACAAAAGACCCCUUUGCGCCAUCGCGGGCCGCUGGAGUCCUGGGUUUCGCAGCCACGCACAACUUCUACUCCAUGAAAGACUGCGCCUUCAAAAUCCUGCCGGUGCUGAGCACCUUGAUGGUGGAUCCAGAGAAGACAGUCCGGGACCAGGCCUUCAAGGCAAUCCGCAGCUUCAUGACCAAGCUAGAAACUGUUUCUGAAGAUCCAACUCAACUCUCUGAGCUGGAGAAAGACGUCCAGGCCGCUUCCGCAAGCCCAGGGGCCGGUGCGGCUGCCAGCUGGGCGGGCUGGGCCGUGACGGGGGUUUCGUCUCUCACGUCCAAGCUGAUCCGGACAAACGCUGGGCCGACACAGCCGGCAGCCCCUGCAGCCGAGCAGGUCCCAGCCGGCACGACCACGGAGCCCCCCAAGUCGGAGAGUGUUGUGCCUGCAGCUCCGGCAGCGGCCGCCCACCUGUCCGGCAGCUGGGACCUGGAGGAGGACGUGGUGGAGGAGGAGAGCUUCGCGGAGAGAUGGGACGAUGAAGACUGGGGCAGCCUGGAGGCCGAGCAGCCCAGGACGCAGGCCGGCCCGGAGGACUGGAACAGCCCGGGGUGGUCGGAGCCAGCCGCCGCGAAGAAAGCCGGGGGCAGAGCGGCUGCCGCCGGAGCGAAGCGGGAGCCGGCCCGGAGCGCCUCUGCCUGGGAGCCGGAGCCCUGGAGCCUCCGGAAGGGGGCCGGCUCUGCCCUGGAGGAGGGCUGGGGCAGCAGCUGCGAAGGGGACGACCCCUCCGGCCCCGUCCACAAGCCCGUGGCGGCCCCCCAAGACGGAACCAAGCUGGCCAGUGAGUACAACUGGGAGAGCAGCGUCUCCACGGAGAAGCCGGACCCGUUUGCCUGCCUGGUGGAGAGGCCCGCCGCGGAGAGGCAGAGAAACACGGAGCUGCUGGGCGACUGGGGCCUUGAAGAGAACUGGGAACCCCUGGACUCGGACCAAGGUCCCAGCAAGGCGGAGCUGGCCCGGAAGAAGCGCGAGGAGAGGCGGCAGGAGAUGGAAGCCCGGCGAGCCGAGAGGAAGGCCGCCAAGGGCCCCCUGAAACUUGGGGCCCGGAAGCUGGACUGACCCCCUUCUUCCUCCUUGGGGCACGUGCAUGGCCAGGGAUACGGUGGGAGGAAGGCAGCAGUGCUCCUGUUGGAGGCUGAGGGAGGCAGCACCGACUGGCCUCUCUGGGGUGCCCCCGGGCUCCCCACAUCUCGCCGUGCCCGGCCAGACCUUGCCAAAACCCUCUCUGGCCCGCUCGGCGGUUCCUGCCUCCCGUGACGGGCAAGACGCGGACUCGGCCGCCCGCACAGGAGCUCGGGGAAGCAAAAGCCUUGCGCUCUCCUCGUAGAAUAGGGUUUCUGUCCAGCUGUUCGUCUCCGGCGUGGCGCGUGUAUUUUUUGCCUGUUUGAUGAGCUCAUGCAGAAAGAGACGAAUAAACGAACUCUUUAACGAA